UCAACUGUCCAAGGAAGAGGAACGUGGGAUGCGAGUGUGCCAAGCCUAACGUGUAUGGCGUCUCUCGAGCCCAACGAUGAAGAUCGUAUCGUAGAGCUAAUCGUGCGUGAUGCCUCAGCUUCGGCAGGCGAUGCUGAUGCUGAUGCUGUUGCAGUUUCGGAGGACUUUGGCCCUCUGCUCACGCAGCCCGAAAGACCCAGGAUCAACAUCUUCAGCAUCUCUUAUCCCCGAAGAAAAUACAGAGAUGAAGUAACAAGAUUACUUGAGUCAGAGCCUUCUCCUUUGACUCAUUUCAUGUUGCGGGUAUGGAGCGAAUCCAGAUACUCUAGUUUACUUUGUAUGGUCCUUUCAUCUGCUACCUACUUUCUUAUGGAAGUUCUUUCCUACUUUUUUUCUGUUCAGGGGAUUCCUUUAUUUGAGGCUGCAUUCACGAGAUGUACAGUUAUGUUGGUACUGUCGUAUAUUUGGUUGAGAAGGGGUGAGCAGCCACUUUUUGCAACAUCCCAUGUUAGGAAUAUUUUGAUUUCAAGGGCCCUUGUAGGCUGUUUUUCUUUGUCCAGUUUUGUAUAUUGUGUUCAGAGGUUGCCUUUCUCUCAGGCUAUUGUAUUAAAUUUAACAACUCCUAUUAUGGCAUCAAUUAUAGCAAGGAUCUUUUUGCAUGAGAAGUUGAAAAUUGCAGACAUUUCAGGCCUUGCUUGCAGUUUCUUUGGUGUGCUCUUCAUUUUCCAUGAAAUGCUUGCUACGCAAGGACAGCUAGUUAAAGCUGAGGAGCAAAGAGAUGCAAAUUAUAAAGGAAGUCAUCUAUUUGCAGUAUUACUUGGUCUCGUUUCAUCAAUUACUGGCGGAGCCAGCUACUGCCUUAUAAGGGCUGGAGCAAAAGCUUCUGAUCAGCCACUGGUAACCGUCCUUACAUUUAGCAUGCUGGCUAGCCCGGUGAUGGCCAUAUGUACAUUUUUCUUUGAGGAUUUUGUGCUCCCAGGAUUUCAAUCAAUUAUACUCAUGCUUGUACUUAGUGUUCUUGCCUUCUUUGCCGAGGUAUUGUUAGCACGUGGACUGCAACUUGAGAGGAUUGGGAAAAUUGUCAAUCUCCUAUACUUGGAGGUGGAAUUAUCACAAUUGUGGAGGCUUGCUUUUUCAAGAGCGGCUCCAUCUUUCAGUCAGGUUAUUGGAUUGUUACUUGUUAUUGUUUCUGCAUGUUGUACUUUGUAUUUGGGACCUGAUAAAGAGUUGGAAUGAUAGAUUUAAAUCAGCUAUUUGUGUUAGGAUUUAGUUGCUGUCAUUUGUUGUAUUGGACUUGGAUCCUCUAAAUUUGAGGAUGGUAAACCUGAGUACAUUUUACUAUAUUCGGAAAGAUAAAAGAGAA